AUGACUCUGCUUCUGAAUGCAAUGGCAAACUAUAAUGAAAAGACGAUAUCCAAAUUGUACAUGUGUGUUUUUCGGAAGGUAUGUUUUAUUCAUCUGCUUUUUUCAAAAUUGUUUUCUUUUCAGUUCAAUAUGGGUCUUCCCGAAAACGCACAACUUCAUUUUUCGGAAUGGAAUCACAACAGUAAUUAUAUUGCGUGUGGAGGGGCAUUGGGCACAUUGAGAGUCGUCAAAAUAAGUUUAGACGCCACGGAACCAAAACAGCAUCCUAGCAACACUGUGUUGAACGUCAAUCAGACCUUGGAAGGGCAUCAAGUAGGCAAGCUCUUUUUCUCAGCUACUGUCAUGAAUGCGACAUGGAACGAGAACAACCAAAAACUGACCACGAGCGACACCUCUGGUCUUAUAAUCGUUUGGGGAUUGUUCAAUGAGCAAUGGGUCGAGGAAAUGAUCAAUAAUAGGUUGGCUCCAAUUGUUAAAACGUUUGAUAACAAUGAGAAAUAUUCCAGAAAUAAAAGUGUCGUCGUUGGAAUAUGCUGGAAUUGCGACGGAACAAAAAUCGCGAUAGCAUAUGCCGACGGAAAUGUGAUAGUUGGCACACUGGAGGGCAACCGCAUAUGGAACAAAGAGUUGGAGAUAACUUUGGCGUCUUGUGAAUGGGCGCCCGAUGGCGACAUGCUCAUAUUUGGCACUGCAGAAGGAAAAGUGUGCGUGUUUGAUGAAAAUGGAAAUCACUAUGUGAGUGUUUUGGAUAUCACAAUGCACUGUUUGGAAAGCGAGGAUUUGGAGCAAGCAUUGGCAAAGAAAGAGAACCAAAAAGAGGAAAUCGUUUGCAUGAAAUACUGGAGUCCAACUUUAAAAUCCAAAGCAAUUAUGGAUGAGUUGGAAAGAGAAUGGGAAAGAGAAUUGGAAAAAGAGAAGGAGGUCACUGGCACUGAUGUGUUCACUAAUUAUCCCAGAAAACCAGCCAAGGAGUAUGUGGAGCCGGAACGGAGCCCGGAGCCUUACCAGCCAGUACCACCGGAUCGUCCGCGAUUUAUGGUCGCGUAUGCAAGAGGAAUGAUUCAAUUGAUGAGAAAUUUAGCCGAUCCAGAGCCGAUCGUUGUUCGUCUCACAAACGUGCGCAUCACUGGCGCUAAAUGGUCACCCAACGGAGCGUUCAUUGCAAUUUGUGGGUCUGAAGCUGAUAAAGACGAUCCACGUCAUUCGAAUAUUCACUUCUUAUCUGCUUAUGGACAUAAAGUUGGAUUUUUCCAACACUUUGAAACUAGAAUCACUGGAAUCUCCUGGGAGUCUACUGGCCUCAGAAUGUCAAUUGCUGCUGAUGGGAAUCUAUUCAUCGGUCAUAUUCGACCAGAGUUUAAGUGGGGCGCAAUGGAAGAGACGAUUGUCUACGCAUAUCAAAAGGAAGAGUUGUAUCAGUAUGGAAUCAUGUUCUAUGAUUACGCAAUUGAUGAAAGAACUAUCAAAACUCUCACCUAUUUCGAGCAUAUGGCAUUCUUCAAAGACCACUGUGUUUUAAUCAAUCGUCAGGAGGAACCAGGAAUACCAACGUACUUCUGUCAACUCUGCAACAACAUUGGCACUUCACUAGACUACAGUGUAACAACUGUGAAGCCGAUGUUUGUAUGUGUCAACGGAAUGUGUGCAGUGAUUGCCUGCGAGGAUCGUUACUUCAUUUGGCAUUUUGUACUUCCAAAAACCAACACGGUUCAGGCUGGAAUUCAUAUUCCAGGAAAAUCUGCCGAGUAUCUUCUUGAAGAACAACAAAGAGCAAUUGAGUAUGGAACUAAACGUUUGUUGGGUAGCAGUGAUACGAUUUGUGCAAUUUGUAUUGGCGACACGUUCUUUUUGAUGGCCCUUGAAGCUGGUGGCAUCUAUAGAGUAAACCUCUCGGAUGGUGUUAUCACUACAAGUUAUCCGGUUUCUGCAAGUGUGGAUUCUAUGAAAAUAAAUUGCGAUUAUACACGACUCGCAGUUGUGAAGCUUGUGGAGCAAACUCCAUUCUCCAUGAUAAUAUUCGAUUUUGCUGGUGAUGAGCUAAGAAAAACGUAUUCCUGCGAGAAGAAAGAUGUCUGGGAUUAUAGCUGGGACCACAACGACCCGGCUCUUCUCGCAUUCAAAGACAAACAUAAACUGUUCAUUUGCGAUGGUAGCUCAAUUUUCGAGCAAUCAACAAUUACUGGUGGUAUCGUUUGUUUCCGAAAUUUGGUUGUGACCACUGUGAAUCUGGAGAGAAUGCUUAUUACACCUGAAAAUCCAGUGAAGUCUUGUGUACAAGAAGUGAUGAUUAGAGCCAAACAGGAAGUCACCAAUCUUUUGAAUGCGAUGAAAUUGGAUGAAGCUAUUGACUAUGCAGAGAGAAGUCCUCAUGCAGAAUUAUGGGCCAUGAUUUCUGCAUAUGCAGUUUUCAAGCAUAAAUUCGACUGUGCAGAGCACGCAUUUGUGAAACUCGGCGACUAUGCUGGAGUGCAAUUUGUAAAGAAAGUUAGAACGAUUCCAUCGAACGAUUUAAGAAACGCCGAAAUUUUUGCAUGGAGAGAUCAGUUGGAAGAAGCUAAAGCGCUUUUCAUGCAAUGUGAUAGAAAAGACUUGGCCAUCGAAAUGUAUCGCAAACUUGGGGACUAUAACGCAAUUUAUGAGAUGAUAAGACACGAUGAGACUGUUGACGAGGAGUUGCAGCAUGAAGUGUACAAAGAGAUCGGACGACAUAACUACGAAAAUAUGGAAUGGGACGAAGCUGGAAAAUGGUUCUCAUUGUGCAACGAAAUGGCUCUUCAUAUUGAUUGUUUGAUCAGAGGUAAUAACUUCGGAGAACUUGAGGUGCUUGCAAGAUCUCUGGAAGAUGACAGUGAAUUUAUGGAGAUUAUUGGAGACGCAUUUACUACUCGUGGUAUGUGUGACCAAGCUGUUGAAUGCUUUCUGAGACAGAAUAAUCCAAAGAAAGCUCUAAAUACUUGUAUGCAAUUGAACCAAUGGCACAAAGCACAAUUUAUCGCCGAUGCAAACCACAUGGAGAAUGUUGAAGGAUUGUUGGGAAGAUAUGCAGUUGAGAUGAAAGCAGAAAGCGACGAAAAGUCUAUCAACGCACUUUCUCUCUACAUGCGAGCCGGAAGAUACUUGGACGCCGCGAAAAUUGCGUUCGAUAUUGCAAACGACAGAAAAGACAAGUACGUGCCGUAUGAAGAGUUGAAGCAGUGCUAUGUGCUUGGAGCGAUUCUAGUGGAGAAUCAUCGGCAGACAAUUAAAGAAUUGAAAAAAAUUGAUAAGCACAACAUUUUAGAAGACGCGUUAGAUGAUGAAUCUGGACUAACUGCAGAACAAUCUAGAAUCAUGGAGAACACUUGGCGAGGAGCAGAGGCUUUUCAUUUUAUGAUGCUCGCACAGGGACACUUUUUUGAUAACCGAAUUGAGGAUGCACUUCAGACAUCUGUCAUACUAUCCGACUAUGAAGAAUUUCUUGACCCCGCUGAAGUUUAUUCAAUGAUCGCAUUGGCUGCUGCCAACGUUCACCAGUUUGGAAUUUGUUCAAAAGCUAUGAUGCGUCUGGAGGCAUUUGAAGAGUUCGAUGAGGAAGAGAGGACAGAAAUGCAGAAUUUAUCUUUUAGAUUAUUCUCAGAAUAUCCACCAGUGAAUCCAAAUGGCGCUAAAAUUACCUGCACAGCUUGUGAAGCAAGAAUCGACCCAUACGAUUUACAGUGUCCAGAUUGCCAUACAAAGUUCCCUGUUUGCAUCGCUUCAGGAAGACUGAUUCUGGAUCACGUCUUCUGGCUAUGUCCAAGAUGCAAACACCGCGCCCACCAGCACGAAAUAAUGAAAUACAGCUACUGUCCGUUGUGUCAUGAUACCGAAUCGUUUAAAUCAAACUAG